CUGAGAGCUGAAGACUGUAGUGGAGACUUCACAUCUGCAGAUACAGCAAAAACCCACUUAAUGGCAUCAACACGUUUACAGAAGAUCAAAGAGCUGAAGAUGAAUGAGGAUAUAUAUGCAAAUUUAGGAUUUAUAACAGACAACACAUCAACUCAUUCAGACGACAGCAAUGAUUAUAAGGACAUCUAUGCCAAUGAAGAUGAUGUCCCAGGGAUGAGUGUGACCAGAAGCCGUAAAGCGACUAUGACCUCAGUUUCCAGAAUCAACACGACAAUGAGAAGAUACUACAGACUGACUGCAGUGUGUCUGGGGCUGCUGUGUGUUAUCCUACUGGCUGCCAUCACAGUGCUGUGGGUCAAGUUCAACAACCUGACUACAGAGAAAGACCAGAUACAGACCAGUUACACCAGCCUGACUAUAGAGAGAGACCAGUUACAGACCAGCUACACCAGCCUGACUAUAGAGAGAGACCAGUUACAGACCAGUUACACCAGCCUGACUACAGAGAGAGACCAGUUAGAGACCAGUUACACCAACCUGACUAUAGAGAGAGACCAGUUACAGACCAAUAAUGCUAACAUGAAGAAUGAGAUGGGCCAAUUACAGAAAGAAAAGGAAACACUUCAGAAGAAACUGUCAGAAUUAGAGCAAAAACAGAGGUGUUUCAGAGACAGUUUCUACUACAUCUCUACUGAGAAGAAGAGCUGGACUGAGAGCAGAAAGAACUGCACAGAGAGAGGAGCAGACCUGGUGAUCAUAAACAGCAGAGAAGAACAGGAGUUCAUCACCAAAGCAUUUGGCAGCUCUGAAGCUUGGAUUGGUCUGAUGGACACGGAGAAAGAAGGGGUCUGGAAAUGGGUGGACAACUCAACACUGACCACUGAGUUCUGGUGGACGGGGGAACCCAAUGAUUAUGAAGGAAAUGAGGACUGUGCUAUAACUGGCUAUAAAGGUGCUGGAUCUGAACAUUUAUCAACCUGGGCUGAUUAUCCCUGUGAUCAUCCUGUAGUUGGAAUCUGUGAGAAAAGGAUUUAGUUUAGCCUACGUGAGAGUGAACAGCAGAAAGUGAUUUUUUUGGAUACUUUUAGAAUGAUAUAUAUUUUACACUGCUGGUUUAGUCCUACAGCAUUUACCUUAUCAAUGUUUUUUAAGGUGCAGCAAACACAGUAAACUUUGAUUCUACCUGAACUUCUGAACUUGAGUAAUUGACCCUUUGCCAAGUCCUGAGCUCUCAGUUACUGCCUGACAAGCUUUUGAACUCAGUAUGUUAAAUACUAACCCCCCAACACACACACACACGGCCACCGCAUCUUAGAGCUCCUUUCUCUGCUGUCUUUAGCUCAAAUCCUGUCUUAAGCAUUAACUUAGCAUUUAAUGACGCAUUAAACAUUAUAAUACCAAGUACUUUGGAGCUUCUUCUGGUUUGAUGAUUCUUGAUUACUAAAAAUGUUGUACUCUUCUACUGGUUCCCCUCAGGGGUGUUGUCUGUCUGUUAGAGCAGUGGUGAGAAUAGACAUACAGUAUUAUAACUUUGGUUAAUAAAUUCUUGUGUUUCUUA